AUGCUGGACUGCUUUGAAAAUCGGGUGGUCCUCAAGCGCUUGAGUGACAACACUGCAGCUCACAGCAACAGCUCGGCAUCUACCCUGGCUUCCUUGGUUUCCAUAGCAAGGAAAGACUGUUUGUUUGGGCAUUUUCUGAGACCACUGGAGGGAGAGGCUCCCGGCCUCCCGAAGGAUGCUCCCGAGACAGAGCCGCGAGUGCUGUCGCUACUUUGUCACUUACAAAAUGAGGAGAUGGAAAGGAUGGAUGCUGUCGUUGCGAAGUGUUUGACUCAGUAUCUGGAUUGGCCGCGCAUCGGUCGUGAAGUGGAGUUCUUUUGCUCGCGGACGCUCGUGUCAAGGGUGAUCCUCAAUGCAGUGGAGCGCGAGCUGUCUGUGGUUGUGCAGGGCAGCGCCGCCUCUGAGGUCGUCUUGGGAGCUUACCGCGUCGGCUACGAGCUGUUCGAGACCAGGUAUAGGACGAAGCCGCUGGAGAUCUUUGCGGAUUGUGGCCUUCUGGACCCCGAUGUUCUCCAAAGGCCGCAGGUGCAGUUUAUCCUCAAUGCUGAGAUUGAUGCUCAGCUGCACGGUGGCGGGUUGACGCCCGGAGCACUCAUUGCCGCGGUGAGGAGCCUUUGCCUGCAUGGAGAGGAGAAGUCGCUGAUGCCGGGAAGCCAGCCAAAAGCAUACUUUUGGUACAAAGGACUGGUGGCAGUCCUGAAGGAUUUGGGCUGGAGCAGAGAAGAACUGGAGCCUUCGAAAGGCUGGUUGCAGAAGCGCUGGGAUGAGCUGACCGAAAGAUGUGAUCUUUUCGAGUGCGCCCAGUUCUUGCUUGUGGCCUCCGCAUUCCACCGUCGUAUGGUGGCAUUUUGUGUCAAGCUCCAGCAGCAUCACAAGCGGCAUUGGCAGUGUCUGCACCGUUUCCGGCUGAGGUCCAACAUGGGACUUGGCGCCAACCAGCUGCUGGUGAGUUCCUUUGCGGACAAGGGGCUGGAGCUGCGGGAAUACUAUGCCGCGGCAUGCGGCCAUUGCCAGGCCUUAGCGCCUGCGUGGAAGGCGGCACAGAGUGCCUACUCUGGCCCUGUGACAUUCCGUCAGAUCGAGUGCAAUGACCAAAACUGGAAUCCCGUGCCAGAGAACGCUGAUCUUUGCAAGGAUGUUCGAGCUUUCCCGACGAUCAAGAUGUUCAAGGACGGUGAGGAAAUCUCUGAUUACGAUGGCAACCGCUCCAGCGAGUCAUUGGUGAACUUUGCGAAAGAUCACGAGAAGCUGCUGACACAAUCGAUGCCAGCCUUCUCUUGCUUGUUGACGCCGCCGCCCACUCGCCGCAGACUUCCUCUGAUUCCACGAGGGAUGAACUUCUGCGAUGGUGACAUGCAGGGCCGAAGGAGUCUUACACGGCAAAUUCACGUACAGUACAGCUCUGCCGAGGAAGUCGUUGCUUUGGUCCUUCGCUUGACCAAUGGCGGCUUGUGGAAGGCCGCCACCAAGUCAUUACUCUUGAAGACUGGCAUUUGCGGUUACGCAAGCUGCCACGGAGCUGCAGAGAAGGCUGGCAAGCUGGCGAAGGAGCUUGAUGCCUGCGACAUUCUUGAUCUCACCUUUGUGAGCCAGAAGUGCCACUGGCCAACUGAUGUGACCAAGCUUUGGGAGGAGCAUGCAUGUGCGAGUUCGCCUGAGGGGCCGGUCGUCCUGCCCGUCUCGCAGGUGAUGCGGUUCAUGGAAGCCUUGGUCUACGAUCUCUCAGCCGAGGAGAGAGCGGAAGAGUCGGGAGGAGAGGUGCGACGGUUCCUACCUUUGUCGCCUUUCUCCGAGUCUAUGGAGGACCUCGCAUGGCAGAAAGAAUUAGGUCGAAGUCCGGGCCUGUGGCAUGUGCAGCCUUCCGGUCGUCGAAAGCUGCGUGGACUCUGGCUGGAGUUGGUGAUCCAGGUCUUCGACGUGAUGGACUGCAUUCCAACGGACUUGGACCUCUUCUUCCAGUGCCAGGAAGCUACGAAGACUGAUGCUGCCGUGUCCUUCAUGCUGCAACUGGACAAGUUCAAGGAGUGGCUUAAGCGUGACUACUUCUCCCAACUGACGGAUUGCACCUUCAACCAGUUCAAGGUCAUUGUCCGCGACAUGCUGAAGUGCCACAUUCCAGAGAAGGCUUUGAUGGAACAAGUGUUCCAAGCUUGUCCCGUCAUCCCAGACGAUGACAAGGCCAUGCUGCAGCAUGCUGCUGCAUGCUGCGAGCUUUGGUAUUGGGCCCCACAGCGUACAGCUAGAGACCUGGCCCUCCUGCCAAACGACAGCGAACUGCCAGCGCCGUCCCGGGACAUGGACAUGUCCCAAGCCACGGUGUUUGUCGCCCCAUCCACGCAGCCAGGGCUUCCGCGCACAACCACGCCGAGCCAAGUCGCCACUCGCCCUUCUGGGCAUGGCCAUGUUGGAGGCAGCCCCUUGCUGGGCCUCGGUGCUUUCGCCAUGGCUGCAGCGGCUGCGAGGAAGGCGCGGGCUCCACGAGCGACCGCGCUUCGCGCAAGUACAGUGGACGAAUACAUAGCAGAGAACGAUGUUAUCGCAUUCAUCACGCCCACGUGUCCGUUCUGCCGGGAAGCAGUUGCGGCGUUGACGGAUGCAGGCUAUCCGCCCGUCACCGUGGAGGUUUCGCCUGGAUCUGACUUGAGGAACGAGCUGGCUUCCAAGACGAACUCCACCAGUGUGCCGAAGGUUUGGGUGAAAGGCAACUUCGUUGGCGGAUGCAACGAUGGUGGCAUGGGCGGAGUGAAGCCGCUUCUGCGCAGCGGCAAGAUUCAGGAGCUGAUGUCGUGA